AGAGAAAAUCAUUUUCUAUUUUCUCUUUAGACUGUUUCUUACUUUGUUUCUAUUUACACCUGAAUUGGUUUACAAUUGUUAGUUUAUCAUCAAAAUUUACUAAUAAACAUUUUUGUUUUGUUAUUGAUAAAUGACAUUAAUGAUAAUGAAUCCAACUACGUCCAAAUGAUCAAGUUAAUUGAAUUAAUUUCUCUGUGAUCCAAAAAUCUUUCGUUUAUUUGUGUUGAAUUAUAUUUUUGUUGUCUAAGCUUGUUUUUUCCCUUUCUUUCCCUCCUUCCUCUCUUUUUUUCUGUCUUUCAUUCUCCCUGUCUUUUUCUCUUUUUUGACUUGCUUUCGCACAUUUAAUAAUAAUUUGUGUAAAAAAAACAACCUAGACUAGUUUUUUCAUUUAAAGUAACUCAGUGAAUUUAUUGUUAAUUUUUUUGUGUUUAUACUUAUGAUAAUGAACUAUCCCCGAGGUCUUAAUGUUGGUUUACAAUUGAAGGGUUAUCCUGGAAUUAAUCACAUUGAGAUGUCUUCUCCUAUGUCAACUGCUGCAGCUUCGUGCUCAACAACAACAACAUCGAUAACCACAUCCAUGCCAUCAACCAUUGUCCCAUUGAUGGUAAAUCACCAUUCCAAUCAACCAUCUACAACUUUACAAUAUCCUGGUCAUCAUCUUGCUGGAGCUCCUUUAGCAGGAAUUACCAGCCACCAUCUUCACCACCAUCAUCAUCAACAGCAACCGCAUCACCAAUCACAUCAACAUCAGCAACCACAAGCCCAUCAUCAUCAACAACACUUCGGUACAACAAUACCGAAUCGAAUUUUUGUUGGAGGAUUGUCUUCCGAUACCACUGAAGCCGAGCUUCAGGAGCUGUUCUCAGCCUAUGGCAAUGUAACCGCAGUCAAAAUAAUAAAUGAUAAAUCUGGAGUGCCUAAAGGUGUCUAUCGUUAUGGUUUUAUAACAUUUCAAACAGAAGAAGAAGCACGCAGAGCGCUCAAAGAAUGUGAUAACCUCCAUCUUAAAGGCAAAAAGUUGAAUGUUGCCAUUGCAAUAAAAAAACAACAAAUUCGUUUAGAUGGACUUUCAUUGGUUGCCAAUGGUCCCCUUAUGUACCCAGCAGUGGACGCAUUUCAAUUGGCAGGCAUACCAAAUGAAGGGGGUCACCCUUAUAGUCUAGGAUGGGAAGCAGCAGCUAUUCAUGGGACACCAUCUCCAGCCAAUUCUCUAUAUAAUUACAUCUAUCCCUAUACUAUUUAUUCAGCUCCUUCUUUACCAUUUCUCCAACAUCCCUGUAGCACUUAUCCGUCUGCUGGCCCGCCGCAUUUCCCUCCGUUAACCACUCAUGUUGGUCCACCGCCUCAUUCAGUUUCUGGUCCUACACCAGUUCCUGGUCAUCAUGGGUCAUCUUCAGCCGCGGCUGCUGCAGCAGCAGCAGGUUUGGGUCCGCCAACAUCAUACCACCCUUCAUCGACAACUACACAAUACUAUGCCGCGGCUGCUGCUGCCGCACUCGCUGCUGCCAAUAAUGGGUCUCUUCCUUUACUACCUAUAGCUAGUGCUAACUCAGUUAAUGCAUUAGGUAAUCAAUUAAGGUGGGUCCCUCCACAUCCUCAAGCACUCAAUGGAGUUAUUCCUCUGGUCAACGAUCCAACUUUAGGUGGAUUAAACAAAUGACGAAUCAAGGAAGGAAGACUUACAUGACAAAAGAAUCUGACUGCACAAAUUAAGAAAUUAAAAAAAAAUUCCAAUUGAAUUUAUUGCCCAUCUUUUGAUGGAAUGCAACCAAAAAGAAGAACCCAAUUGCUAUGCUGAUCACUCUUCCUCGUCAUCCUUUAGUGCAUAGUAUUGGACUCAAUGCUCUCUUGAGUAUUUGUUUGGACACAAGGGAGGAAAAGAAUAUGGUCGCUUUCUCUCACACUCUCACACUCUGUUUCUCAUUUUCUUCUCCCCCUUUCCUUAAGAAACCUUCUCAGUCACCAUUCAAUUCUCAAGUCACUCUAAGCAACUUAAACAAAAAAGCAAGAAACAAAUGAAUUUCCAUUGAAUCUAAGUCUCCCUGUAAUCAAAAGAAAAGAAGAAAAUUGUACACUCGUCUCGCUGAAUGUGAUUAAUGCGACUACGGUGCUAUUCUGUGAAUGAUUAAUUUAACCUAAACCAAAAAAAUACAAAAGUCCUAAUGCGAGACUAAAAUUGACUAGAAAAUAAUAAUUUACUUUGUCAUCAUUUGAACAUACCACUUAAAUAAUACAAAAAUUUCAAGCCAUUGAUUCGAUAAUUUUUUCGAUUAGUUUUUCCCCCAAAAAACAAAACAAUUGGCUCAACGAAAAGUGCGAAAUAAUCACUUAGAUGAUUAACAUUUUACUAAAAUAAUUGCGAAUCCUGAAUCUAUUGAAACAUUUGGCAACAAUCUUUCAAUAAUUAGAUUAAAAUAAAAGGAGUUUAAUAAUAA